AUGGCACUGAAGAAACUCCACACAGAGGUGGAGAAGGCGCUCCGCGAGGUUCGCGCUUGCAUCGACGCCUACGACGAGCGGUGGCAGGAGCUCCUGGAGUUCAACCGGCAAUUUUUGGAGAGACCGGACCAUCUGGACGAGGCGAAAAAAGACGUCCUCAGAGGAAAAAAGCACAGCGUCAAAACGGCGACGCUCGAAUUGGUGGACAUCAAACAUGCGAACGAUACGAAGGCGCGAAUCGAAGCGGACCUGGAAGGGUGUCUCCGCAAGCUCCAUCGCCUCAAGCAGCAGCUUUCUGACUGGCUCCACAACUACAGCGACAAAGAUAUUCGAAAUAAAGCCGCUCUGGUCGAGCUACGGAAGAGCAUUGAGCUCCGGUACAAGCGCGGGAGAGUUUUUUACUCGCAGGGCCAGAGUUCGCAGCCUGGCGACAGUGCGGCGCUCCUCGCUGCGGGGCCUCGGGGCGCCGGCUGUCGGCUCGCCACCUUGUGCGAAGCAGCUCGGUGGAUGACGGACUUCAUCGAAACGCUCCAUGCGCAGAUCGAGGGAUGGGAGAACGAGCUGGCGAGUUUGUCCGGCCGCGGCAGCGAAGAUGCGCAGCCGAAGAAGAGUCGCAGACGCAGCGGCCGCGAGGAGGUCGACGCAGUCAAGGGCGCGCCUCUCAGACAGGAGCGAAUCGACCAACUCGCCGCGAUGCUGGAUCUCCACAGACUCCAUGUGGACUGCCUCGAGGGACUCUUGGACGCUGUGUACGCGCAAGAACUGGACGGCGACGACGAACGCCUGGAGGAACUCAGAGAAAUUCUCGAGCCGUACGUCCACGACAACGCCGACUUGGUCGUCAUUGUCGCAGACGACGUCUACCAAGAGCUGGGUCUCACAUGCAGGGCAGGCGGCGCCGACGCGCUGAGGCGCGAAGCAGGCUCGUCGCAAGGUCCGCCUACGCCAGACGCGCAGAGAACAGAAGCGACAACCUCUCGAGCUGCGGCGCUGACCGAGGCCGAGGCACAGAGAGACAAGAGAAGCGCCAGUUCCUCGCGGAGGUCGGCGGCUGCUCUGGCGUCUCUAGACGCGGCCGAGGCGCCUACAGAGGCCGGAAAGCGAGAAGAGGCGGACGGAGACUCUUCCGCGCAACCAACGACACAGCGCGCGACGCCUGCGGGAGCGACUCCGACAGGACCUCCCAGGGCUUCGUUCGCUGCUGCUGCGGCGGCGGCUCUGAAACUCUCGGCUUCUUCUUGUUCUUCUUCUCCUGCCGGAGGCAGAGAGCGUCUGCCUUCGUCUCGAGUUGCGCCAGGCGCCUCCUGUGUCUCUGCGCCUGCUUCCUCGGCGCCUCUCAGAGAAGACGAAAGUCGGAUCUCGUCUGGGCUCCGCAGCUCUGUCGGAGCCUCGUCUUCCCCAGACGGGUGUGAGAAGGCAAGUCAGCGACCGGUCCAGCGAAACGCUUCUAUUUCUUCGUCUUCGUUCUCGUUCUCUUCCUCCUCUUCCUCUUCUUCUUCCUCUUCUUCCUCUUCUUCCUCGUCUUCUUCGUCUUCUUCUCCGUCUGCUUCGUCAUCUCCUUCCUCUGCUUCCUCUGCUUCCUCUUCUUCUGGGUGUGUGCGUGGAUCAGGGGAGGCGGACGUCUCUUCCUCGUCGAAGUCCUUUGCCAGUGGUGUGGGGGGCGAGGCGAAGUCUGCGCCGAGACCGGCGUCAGGCCGAGGCUCGACAGGCGCGUCGUCUGAGGGGGAUCUCCCCGCGGAGUCCUUGCGGCGUCGCGAGGCGCCUUCGGAGGAAGAGAACGAGGAAAGGCGUUUGCUGAGAAACGGAGUCCCCGCGAAGCCCAGGCCGAGAGGGUACGCGGAGGCUGUCGCUUCCUCCUUGCGUUCGGCUCUCCACGCGCCGACGCGCUUCCCUGCUCCGGCGCAGUCGGCCUCUGAACUGCAGGACGCGUGUGAUAGCGGAGGAGAAGCUCCCCCUCGCGAAAACCAAACUCGCGCGGGGAACAGAGAAACCUCACGAGGAACUGACUGCAGGCCGGCUGCGUGGGGACCUCCGCCUGCAGGUGUGUGGGCAGUCGGCGAGCCUGGAGAGAAGGAAGAACUCAGAGACAACAGAGCGUCUGCCGAUCUGGACUGCGAGAGACGAAAGACGCAGAGAGAGGAGACGCAGGUGGCGGGCGCCUACAGAGGUCCAGCGACUCGCGGAGACAUCCGAGAGUCGCGGGAGGCGGAGAGAAGAGGGAGGCCGGACGAUAGCGAGAAUGGAGCAGCCGAGUGUGCUGGAGCUGGCGAGGCGAGAGUUGGCGAGGGAGCUCGAAGUCCAAGUGGCGGAAGAGAGACAACUCGUGAUGGAUCGUCCUCAGGACACCGAGGGAAAGGCGACUGGGAAGCGAGAGAAGGACCAACACCGGCGGACGACGGGGGCGUCGUUGUCGCUCUCACGACGGAAGCAGCGUCGGGUUGGGUGUACGGCUACCGAGUGCAUGCGCUCCAAACUGCCGAGGCUCUGCAGGGCUGUUGGUACCCUCCAGAGACCCCUCACGUCUUCCUGCCUUCCUACGGUGAGUCCGUCGAUCCCGCGGCGCUGACGUUCUCGUCUGGCGACCGGCUGGCUCUCGCGCGGUCCGCCUUUGCGACGGCUCCGCAUGCAGUGGACGCGAAGCUGGGCGACCAAGACAGGACGUCUCCCUCGUUUCCCUGCGCAGCAGCUUUGCGAGCAGCGACAGCCGGGGAGGCCUUUGUUCGUCCUCAGGCUUCGGUGCCGCAGGCGGUCGCGGUCUCUCCGCGCUCGCGCGUUGCGUUGCUUCGAGGCCCAGGCGGAGGCGACAGAGACUCAGACCAGAGAUCAGAGGCCAUCGAGAGCAAGCGACCACUCGGACAAGACUCGCCGCAUGCAGCUGCAGAGUCUCCUUUCCUGGGAUGCACGGGCAAGAGUCCGAACUCCGGCGGUUCGUCGUCGCUGCUCGCGGCGCCUCUGCCUGGCUUCUCGCCUGCAGCGGGGGGAAGCUCGCAGGACUCUGUGCAACUCCUGUGGAGCUCGUGUGACGGUUCUCCUGCGCCUGCUGCGCCUGCUGCGUUGCCGCGAGUGUCGGGCGCCGCGAAAGCCGCGCCGCUCCGCGGAUGGAGCCCAGACGCGCCGCCUGCCGGCCUCCCGACCGCGGUCGAUGGACGGAGCGCAGGCUGCACCUCCGGCGACGUCUGUUCGCUCGAGUCGUUUUUUGCGAACUCGGCGGACGCCGUGGCUUCUGGAGACGCGACGUUCGCGGCCUCUCCCUCGCUCGCGACUCUCUCGCCUUCUUCGCCUGUCGCCUCCUCUUCCACGCACAGUGGAGGCGCAGGCAGUGGUGCCUGCUGUGUGGGCUCGCCGGCUUCGUCGAAGUCUUCUCCGUGUGGUGUCGUGACGCCCCAGAGUCGCGGCGGAGAGCCUGGGAGCAGCGGCCUCCCCGCGCGGCCCGGGAGUCUCUCGCAGGUCUCCGACAGUUCGCAUCAGCCUUCAAGGAGAGGCACCAAGAGUGCGAGUGGCCAGCGCCUCUUUGGAGAUGCGGACAUCUGGGCUGGACUCGCGUCGCUUCUGCCUCCAGGAGUCGGGGAAGACGAAGGGGGAAUCGCGCCGCUCGAGGCUGCGUCGAGUCUCCCGUCGCUGCCGACUGACGCCGACGGUGCCGCCCGCGCUGUCUGCUGUGGAGACCGCCGCGCCGCAGGCCCCCAGGCCGCGGGAGGGACUCCAGGCUUCGCCUCGGCCGGAGUCUCGGAUGGCCAGCCUGGGUCUGCGGGGGCGUCGACGACUUUCUCCGACUCUGCGAGGUCUUCCUGCGUCCAGAGUUCUCAGCCUUCCCGCGAUGGGGAAAAACUCACCAGGCGCGUCGCCCUUGGCGCGGCGACCGAGAGGGCGGAGGAGGCGACAGGCGCCAGGGCGCCGGUCCCGGAGUUCUGCCCGACUCUCUUGACGCCUCACGCUCUCCACGCGAACGCCGAGGAGAAACGAAGAAGCGACAGAGGCGGAGACUGCGAGAGGGGAGAGCAGACGGACGAGGGCCGCGCGAGCCUGUCGCCGGGGAGCUGCGAACGCGACGCAGCUGCCGUAAGUGCGAGCGCCCUCCAGAGGCUCUGCCACAAGUGUCUCUGCAGUGUAUGUACAGUCGUCCACAUUCUCCCCGACGAGGUUGAAGUUCGCGAACUCCACUGGUCGUGGCAGGGCGAACUCGUCGAGGGGGAACGCGGAGACUUGUCUCCAGAGCGAGAGAGAGAACGAGAGGGAGGUAGCGAUGAAGAGGGAGCGGCGAAACGGACGCGGGGGGACGCGAGGCACUGCGAAAGUGAACUCGCGGGAAGGAGCGAACCUGAGGACGAGGAAGAGAGUCAAGAGCGACGACGGCGAUCCGUCGACUGUGGUCGGCGCCAAAGAGCGCAGGGGAAGGCCGGCGAAGAAGGGCAUGGCGAGGCGGCCUCUGGGGAUGUGAAGCGAGGCCGCAGGUGCAGUGUGGAGAGCCGGAAGGGAGGCGAGCGGUCCGGCAACUCUCGUGUGUCUUCGGGGGACGGUGGCGACACUGCGAGAAGCUCGUCCGCCUCCCGACUCUCGUCUGCCGAGCCGCCAGAGUCUGGCGCCUCCGUUGUCUCACCUCGGGUGCCCAGGCACAUUCGCAGAGUGGGACAGAGCCCCCGGACCUGUCAUGGCUGCGUGGCGAGACUGGCGCAUUCCCUCUUGCGCUUCGAGAAAGGCGAGUUCGUCGAGGUCCUUAUCCACCACCGCCAGGGAUGGAUCUUCGGCCGCAUUCGAGGACAGCCUCACAGACGCGGCUGGUUUCCUGACUACAUGCUCCAGCGGCCAGAGGACGUCUGCAGCGCCCUCCCGUUCGAGGACCUCACUGCCUGCGCUCAGCUCCUCGGCUUGAGCCACUAGGCGCUCCGUUCGGCGGUGCUGCACUGUCCACGUCUCUCGCGAGAGUUUGCAUGGAAACUCGGAAAGCUGAAAAUGGAAACGCAAGACGCGAUUCCUGGAGAGAGAUAACAAAACAAAAUAAAGAAGAAUGAAGAGGAGGGAGACAGGAACAGGAGAAGGUAGGAGACGAAGAAGAUAGGAGAUGCUCGAGAGGCAGAAGCCAUUGUAGGAAACGAAGGUGCUGGAUGUUGUGCAGAGAUCUCGAUACCUGAGCUGGGGCAGGCGACAGAUUCGCGGUGUCGCGCGAUUUUCUUGAGGGCAAGAGGAGGGGGGUCUGAGGCGCAGUCUGUUUCGAAUUUGCGAGAACGGGGAGGCGAUACAGUCUGGAACAUCGUGUGUGCGACUUGUAGCGACGGCGGGCGCCC